UCGAAGCGACGAGAGCGCCGAAAACACCGAUUCGCCGCGAACGACUUCAUUCGGCUCUCGUCAUCCGCAGAUAUCAGUUUAUUGUCAUUUAUUUUUCGCUCUACAUAAUAUCUCAAGAUGUCCGGACGAGGCAAAGGAGGCAAAGCAAAAACAAAGUCGAAGACGAGGAGCUCCCGGGCCGGCCUUCAGUUCCCUGUUGGUCGAAUUCAUCGACUUCUGAGAAAAGGAAACUAUGCUGAAAGAGUUGGAGCUGGUGCCCCAGUUUAUUUGGCCGCAGUAAUGGAAUAUUUAGCCGCCGAAGUUCUCGAAUUGGCGGGCAACGCCGCAAGAGACAACAAGAAAACGAGAAUCAUCCCGAGACAUCUUCAACUGGCAAUCCGGAAUGACGAAGAAUUAAACAAACUUCUCUCUGGAGUUACCAUCGCCCAGGGAGGAGUCCUACCAAACAUCCAGGCAGUCUUAUUGCCGAAGAAGACUGGCUCUGGAGGAGGCGCAUCCAAAGGAGACAAGUCAUCUCAGGAAUACUGAGUUGUCAACACCUAAUUAUAAAUAAUUAUCUUUAAUUAAUUUAAUAAUAUUGCGUACAUACUUACUUUAAACAAUUAAUGUUUGUUGGUGCCUUCUUGUUGCUCCAUCACUGAUGGAUUUUAUUCCUCGAAUGUGACCCUUUUUUUCUUUUCUUUUGUUUACGUUUCUGUAUAAAUUUACGUAUUUUUUUCGCGCACGUCUUCAAAACUUGUUACAUAUAUAUUCGUUCUUGAUAUGAAUUAAUAAAUGCAAAA